GUUCCUUCGGAGAGCGAGCGGGAGUCGGUGCUCGGCCUCCUGCGGGGAGCAGCCCCAGGCUUGGUCUCAGAGAACACAGUAGAUGUGUAGUCAGUUUAUUGAAUAAAUACGCUUGAUGGAGCUUCAAUACCCACCCCCACCCCCUUCUCCCAGAAUCUGCAGGGAGAGGUCGGGAGGUGACAACGCCAGCAUGCCAGUGCUAUCGGAGGACUCUGGUUUGCAUGAAACCCUGGCCCUGCUGACCUCCCAGCUUAGACCUGACUCCAACCACAAGGAGGAGAUGGGCUUCCUGAGGGAUGUUUUCAGUGAAAAAAGCCUCAGUUACUUAAUGAAGAUUCAUGAGAAGCUUCGCUAUUAUGAAAGGCAAAGUCCAACCCCAGUUCUGCACAGCGCUGUGGCCCUCGCUGAGGACGUGAUGGAGGAGUUGCAGGCCGCCUCCGUGCACAGUGAUGAGAGGGAGCUGCUCCAGCUGCUGUCCACCCCGCACCUGAGGGCUGUGCUCAUGGUACAUGACACGGUUGCCCAGAAGAAUUUUGACCCCGUUCUCCCGCCUCUGCCUGACAAUAUCGAUGAGGAUUUUGAUGAGGAAUCGGUGAAGAUCGUCCGCUUGGUGAAGAACAAGGAACCCCUGGGUGCCACCAUCCGGCGGGACGAGCACUCAGGGGCUGUUGUGGUGGCCAGGAUCAUGCGAGGAGGCGCAGCAGACAGGAGUGGCCUGGUCCACGUUGGAGAUGAGCUCCGAGAAGUGAACGGGAUCGCAGUCCUGCACAAGCGGCCCGACGAGAUCAGCCAGAUUCUGGCCCAGUCCCAGGGAUCCAUCACCCUAAAAAUCAUCCCAGCCAUCCAGGAGGAAGAUCGCUUAAAGGAGAGCAAGGUGUUCAUGCGCGCCCUCUUCCACUACAACCCUCGGGAGGACCGGGCCAUCCCUUGCCAGGAGGCGGGUCUGCCUUUCCAGCGCAGGCAGGUCCUGGAGGUGGUGAGCCAGGACGACCCCACGUGGUGGCAGGCCAAGCGAGUCGGGGACACCAACCUUCGAGCCGGCCUCAUCCCCUCCAAGCGGUUCCAGGAGAGACGACUAAGCUACCGGAAAGCCGCGGGCACCCUGCCGAGCCCCCAGAGCCUCAAGAAGCCCCCCUAUGAUCAGCCUUGUGACAAAGAGACCUGUGACUGUGAGGGCUACCUCAAAGGGCACUAUGUGGCUGGUCUUCGGAGGAGCUUCCGGCUGGGCUGUAGGGAGAGACUGGGUGGCUCGCAGGAAGGAAAGAUGUCCUCUGGAGCUGAGUCUCCGGAGCUGCUGACUUACGAGGAGGUGGCCAGGUACCAACACCAGCCUGGAGAGCGGCCCCGCCUGGUGGUUCUGAUCGGGUCUCUGGGAGCCCGACUGCAUGAGCUGAAGCAAAAGGUGGUGGCCGAGAACCCACGGCACUUUGGCGUCGCUGUUCCACAUACCACCAGGCCCCGAAAGAGCCAUGAGAAGGAAGGAGUGGAAUAUCACUUUGUGUCUAAGCAAGCAUUUGAGGCCGACUUACAUCACAACAAGUUCCUGGAACAUGGUGAAUAUAAGGAAAAUCUCUAUGGAACCAGCCUGGAGGCCAUUCAGGCUGUUAUGGCCAAAAACAAAGUUUGUUUGGUGGAUGUGGAGCCGGAAGCACUGAAACAACUGAGGACCUCAGAAUUUAAACCCUAUAUUAUAUUUGUAAAGCCUGCAAUUCAGGAAAAAAGAAAAACGCCACCUAUGUCCCCAGCUUGUGAGGACACGGCAGCCCCAUUUGAUGAGCAGCAACAAGAGAUGGCCGCUUCUGCCGCCUUCAUAGACCAGCAUUAUGGGCACCUGGUGGACACCGUGCUGGUGAAGGAGGAUCUCCAGGGUGCCUACAGCCAGCUCAAAGUGGUCUUAGAGAAGCUGAGCAAGGACACUCACUGGGUACCUGUUAGUUGGAUCAGGUAACUUUAUCCCAGAACAUCCAAGCUGGAUGGGACCUUGAAGAUCAUCUAGUCCAGACUCCCUCAUUUUACCAUCAAGGAAUCUCGAGUGCAGAGAGGGGGAGAAUUCUCCACAAAUUCCAUCAUCGAGAAGAGUAUAAGUGGGAAGUCUUGUUUGUUGUUGGUUUUUGUCUGUUGUUUUUCACUGCACCUCUUUGGAUCAUGAUUUGAAAGGGGCAUAUCAGAAAACAACACAUUUCGUUUAUUAAAGUAUCACAGGCAAGCUGACCCUGAUUCUUUGUACCAAAGUUAAGUAGCCACUGUCUUUUGUGGGUGGUAGUGGUUAAUUUAUACAGUACUGAUUUGCAGAAUGUUUAAGCUUUUUAAACAUAGUGACGCUUAGUAGUUUUUUUGGAAGCUAACUUGUUUUAUCCGAGGAGGUUUUACAUGUAACUGAAGUUCUCCUGUCUUCAAGCACUAAAAUGUUGAUCUUAACCUUUUUUUGAAGUGCUUGCCUGGUAAUAGAAAACUGGUUCUCUGCCUAUUUUAAAAUAGCGAAUAUACGUAAAUUUUCUCUGGAAGGCUAAGGCACACUUCACCAUCAACAUGAAUUACUGUACUAUCCUAUACUGCAUUGGUGCCUUCAGGGACUCGAGGAAUGUAAGGUUGCCUUUCCCCUUUCUAAAUACCCUCAGAUUCCUAACAUCGAGCCCUUGCUUUGUUUGAUUUGUUCUAUUCCAUCCAUUGUCCCUUUUGUUACUGACAGUUGCCUUGGUCCUAGCCAGUCCCUGCCAUGAGAUCACAGGGGUUCCUAUUGUGCUAGGUCUUGGGAAACCAGAUGACUCUCCCUGUCAAAACUAUGGCUACGUCACUGUAAACCAUUUCUGUCAAGAAUAAAAGUAUGUAGACCCAGAGUGUGGGCCUAA